AUGGAAGAUAAUAGCUACCAGAAGAAUGGCCUGCGGCUGCAUUGGAAGUCAUUAGCAGCCUGCACUCUGAUCUCAAUGUCCCCAUUCCAGUAUGGAGUUGAUUUCACCCUGAUUGGAGGUUUCCAGGCCAUGAUUGGGUUUUUGAAGGUAUUUGGUGUACAAGAUUCUGCUAGCGCUACUGGCUGGAAUCUUCCGCAUGAGCGACAACAACUCAUUUCCUCGCUGAUGACACUGGGUGCUUUCUUGGGAUCAUGCUCUGCAGGUCCCAUCGCAGUCUGGAUUGGUCGAAGAGCCUCUAUCCAUGUUUCUAUUUUAUUAAUUUACGUGUCCAAUAUCGUGAUGAUGACUACUGAUACUAUCGGGGCACUUUAUGCUGCCCGUCUUAUUAUCGGGAUUGGAAAUGGGUUCCUGUUGACAUUCUCGCAAUUGUACAUUCAGGAAUGUUCACCCGCCCGUUACCGUGCCUUAAUGCUAGGUGUCUUCCAAUUCUGGACUUCUUUUGGCUCUCUGCUCGGAACCAUCAUUGACAACUUCACAUCCAAGAUCGAUGGAAAGAAUAGUUAUAUUAUCCCACUGGGGAUUAUAUUCAUUAUUCCUGCGUUCCUCUGCGGUGGAAUGCUACUGAUUCCGGAAUCCCCACGUUGGCUCCUUCAGCAGAAGAGAACCGAAGAAGCCCGGAAGGCUCUGGUUUGGCUCAGACCAGACCAGGAAAGUGUUGAUGCAGAAAUGGAAGUGAUACAGAACGCAAUAAACCUAGAGAAUGAUUUGGCUAGCAACGCAUCGGUAUGGGAUAUGUUCACUAAUCCCGUUGACCGUCGGCGAACAAUUCUGGCCAUUGCGGGAGUAAGCACACAGGCAGCUUCUGGAGCAAUGUACAUGAUUGCUUAUGGAACCUACUUCUUCGAAAUGGCUCACGUCGGCAACGCCUUCGAAAACAGCUGCAUUCUCACUGCAGUAGGAGUCGUGGCUAUUAUGAUAAAUAUUAGCGUAGUGACCCAUAUCGGGCGCCGUCGCUUGUUUUUAACGACAGGCUUGAUUAUCUGCGGAUUUAGUCAGCUUAUCGGAGCGAUAGUAUAUACUGUGCACCCGGGCACCAAAUCAACAGGCAAGGUGAUUGUUGGCAUGUCUGUCAUUUUCUUACUCGGUUAUAAUGGAAUGAUUUCCACGUAUGCCUGGGUGUCAGGUGGCGAGCUUCCAUCUCAACGGCUCAGGUCCUAUACUUUCGGCCUUGCGGCUGCGUUUGGAUUUUUGGGAGCUUGGUUGACGACAUUUACCGCACCAUAUUUCAUCAACGUUGAUUCUCUAAAUUGGGGACCGAAAUAUGGUUAUAUCUGGUUCCCCUCCUGCCUUAUAACCGCUGCUUUCAUUUACCUUUAUCUCCCCGAGGUUAAGGGCCGCACGCUCGAAGAAAUCGACGAGAUGUUCGAGCAACGACUUCCCGCCCGGAAGUUUGCAUCUUAUAAGUGUGUUGGUCCAGCGACACUGGAAGCGAGGCUAAAGGAACAGGGGAAUUUGGCAAGAGGUGAAGACCAGGUCUCAGGCGAGGAGAACAGAGCCUCGGUUGACUCGGAGAAAGCAACUACAGAGGUUAUUGCGAACAAGACAUGA